UGGCUCAACUUUUCCCACCCCCUCCCUCCUCCUCUGCGCAACCUCCGGCGCUGUUUUAUCUCCGCAGUUGGAUAUUUUCUCCCUCCUAAUUUGCACUUUAAAUUGAUGAGAGAACCCGAGUUUAAAGCUGCCAAAGAGCCUCAGGAAGAAAUUCAAAGUGAGAAAGAACAAGAAACUAAAGAAGAGGACCGUUUGAUGGAAGAAAAGAAAAAGAAAAAACAAGAAGAGAAGAAGAAGAAGGAAGCUGCUCAGAAAAAGGCUGCUGAACAUAAAACCAAAGUGCCAGAAACUACCAAGACCAGUCAAAGCCAGCCACAGCCUGCCAACUCGUCCAACAGCACUUCCACUACCACUAUCACUAACAGCAGUGGAAGCAAUGGCAAGCGAGCUUCUACUAGUUGUCAGCAACAAGCCUUGUCUCGUUACCCACCCCGUGAAGUGCCACCUCGCUUCCGGCAUCAAGAACAGAAGCAGCUAUUGAAAAGAGGGCAGCCACUGCCACCUGGGACUGCCAUCAGCAAUAGUUUAGUUCAAGGUACAGGGCAAGUGGCAGCAAACUCUUCACAACACAACAUUCAACAAACAUCUGGUGGACCACAGCAACUCCAACAUCUUGGUAAAGGACAGACUGAUCUCAGCCAUAGUGGUUUGGGAACUCAUUAUGAAAAUUCCCAUUGGGGUCAACCCCCCUUUAGAAGUGAACCAAACAGCAUCUGGGAUAAAGUGAUAAUAGACGGAAGUGACAAAGAGGCUUGGCCUUCCAUUUGUGGAAACGAGACUGAAACUGCCUCAGAAUGCACAGACACUGACUCUGCCUCAAACUGUGGCUCUGAUACUAGUAGCAUGGCUACAGGGAGUGCACCAGGCAACUUCAAUGGACAAAAUAAAAAUUGCAAUAACAGUGGUAAUGGGGCACUUGUCCAAAGCAGUUCAAACCAGAGUGCCAUUGGAGGUGGAGCAAAUGGUGGAAAUGGAAAUUCAUCCAGAGUGUGGGCUGUUGCCUCAGGGUCUGCACCUGGUAUAGGCCACUGCUCUGCUACCAGUGGAAGUGGAAAGAUGGAUAGCAUCAUGAGUGUAAAUCCAAACUGUUGGGGCACUUCUGCAUCUUCUGCUGGCAUUAAUCUGAAUCUUAAUCCCAAUGCCAAUCCAGCUGCUUGGCCUGUAGUUGGGCAAGAAAUUCAAGGAACUGUAGGAGGAGGAAAUGCUUCAACUGUUUGUAGUUCCAGUAAUUCCAUUGAUCAGAGUCUUGGUAACCCUAAUAAUGGUCCGGCAGGUACAUUAAAUACCUGGGGAAAUUUGCUGCAGCAGGAAAGCACAGAAAUACAAACAUCCACUUCACAGAAUGUGUCUUUCAGCAUCCAACCUCAGAACCUUAACACUGAUGGACCAAAUAACACUAACCCCAUAAACUCUUCACCAAACCCUAUCAAUGCAAUGCAAGCAAAUGGACUGCCUAAUGUUUCUGUACCAGGAGGCUGGGCAAUGACUGUAAGCAUGGGUGCAAUAAACCCAUCACAUCUUCAAAACCUUCCUGGUGCUAGUGGAUCACCUGCAGUUUCUCAGCUCAAUGGAGGUAAUAAUGAAGGAAUGAACAAUCCUUCGUGUAACUCUGUGUGGGGAGUACCACACACUAAUCCUACAGCCACCAAUGGUAACUCUGGAUUUAGUCAGGGGAAUGGAGACACUGUGAAUUCUGCAUUAAGUUUAAGUGCUAAGCAAACAUUAGCAAACAAUUCUAAUAUUGCUGUGGAAAAGGAUGUUGGAAGCAAUGCUUGGGACUCUGGUCCCCCUACCAGUCCUGGGGUACUGCCUUGGACAAGGGCUGGUAACAUUGGGGGCUUGCACUCUGGUCCCAGUAACAGUGGAGCUUGGGGUAACACAUCAUCCAACAGGAACACCAAUAAUGGUGUAAAUGGAGAAUGGGGAAAACCGUCUAACCAGCAUUCCAGUAAUGAAGCAAAUGGUAACGGAAAAGGAUCGUGUACAUGGGAGGGCCUUUGUGUUAACAGCCAAACUCCUGUUUUGCAGCAAAGUAAUGAACAAAUUAACUCUUGGGCAAAACCUUCUGAAUCGUGUACCACUGGUAGUGAGGGAAGUAAUGAAAGUGGUACUAGCCAUCAUGAAGGAAGCACUGGAAGAAACGGAGGAAGACACAAUGGUAGCCGGCGAAAGACUGAUAAAGGAACAAUUGAACAACAAGGGCUGGUCCAGAGUGUUGUAUUAAAGUCUGAUCAUGAUCCUAGAGUUUUAUGUAAUACUGGAUGGGGCCAGACACCAGUAAAACAGAACAUUUCGUGGGAAAUUCAAGAAUCUCCGAGAUCUGAGCGAAAAAGUGACAAUGGAACUGAGGCUUGGGGUUCAGCUGCUGCCCAAUCUUCAAACUCAGGGGGGAGAAGUGAUGGGUCCAGCAUGAAUAGUAGUAAUACCUCUACAGUAUCUGGGUGGGGAAAUCAUCCACCAACACUCAUAUCCAAUAAUACAGGUUGGGGAGACAAAGUAUCCAAUGGCCAAGGGGGAUGGGGCGAUUCUGCAAAUUCUAAUGCUGCUGCUACAGCCAAAAGUGGCCAUGGCUGGAGUGGGGUUCCUAGUCAGGAGGAGAAGCCAUCCACCUGGGUGGACUCACAGAAGUCUAAGCUGCAGAAUUGGGGAGAAGGGCAGAAAACUAAUCAAGGCUGGGCAUCAGGAGGUGGGAGUGGAGGAGGGGAUUGGACUGAUUCUGCCACAGGACCUUUGGCUGAAGGAAAGAAAAAUGGGUCUAGUUGGGACAAUGAAAAUAACCGAUCUGCACCUAAUUGGAAUGAGACUACCAGACCACAGAAUAGUGGGUGGAGUAAUGGUACAACCAGCAAGCCAAACCCAAGUACAGGCUGGGGAGAGCCUUUAAAGUCAAAUGUACCACAGAACUGGGGAAAUAAACCUCAGGAUAAUAAUGUUAGCACCUGGGGAGGGGCUGCUUCUGUUAAACAGUCUAAUUCGGGUUGGGUUGGUGGACCUUUGUCUGCAAAACAGAAGGACAAUGAACCCACAGGCUGGGAAGAGCCUUCCCCACCAUCUAUUCGCCGUAAAAUAGAGAUAGACGAUGGUACCUCAGCUUGGGGAGACCCAACCAAUUACAAGAAGGCAGUAAACAUGUGGGAUAGAAACAAUCCUGUGAAUCAAAGCAGUAACAAUACCGUGACUGAACAGCAACCGCCUCCGCCUCAUCAGUCAUCUGCCGCACAAAACCGCUCUCCACUACUUGCUCCAGGUUGGGGAGAAACACUUAGUGUUCCUACAAAGACUGAGAACUCUUGGGGUGAGCCACCUUCUCAAUCUACUUCAGUCGAUAAUGGGACUUCAGCAUGGGGCAAACCUCCCAAUGGCAGUUCAGGGUGGGGAGAUAAUACUGUGGAAUCAACGGGGAACUUUGGAAGAGGGAAUGUUCCUGCUACUGCCCCAGCAAUGUGCAAACCAGCUUCUAAAACUAUGCAAGAAGGUUGGGUCAGCAGUGGAGAUGAAGUUGCCCUCAAUAGUAACCAUCAUUCUAACUGGGAAGAAGAUGAGGGAGAGAUGGGAAUGUGGAAUAAUGUAGCUUCUCAGGAGAGCAACUCUUGUAAUUCUUCAGGCUGGAGCAAUGCUAGCAAGAAAGUGCAUCAGAAGGGUAUAAAAGCAUCCAGUAAGCAAGAAGAGACUUGGCUUAUGAAUCGCCUGAUAAAACAAUUGACUGAUAUGGGUUUUCCUAGAGAACCAGCAGAAGAGGCUCUGAAAUGUAAUAACCUGAACCUUGAUCAGGCUAUGGAUGGAUUUUCCCCUUUUCCAGGUGCUCUGUUGGAAAAGAAAGUGGAGAUGGACAAACGUGGAAUGGGAAUGUCAGAUUACAAUGGAAUCGUUUCUAAACCACUUGGCUGCCGACCACCUUCUAUCUCCAAAGAGUCUUCCGUGGAUCGCCCCACCUACUUUGACAAGCUCACCCUAUCUUUCUCCAAUCAGGAUGGCGGCCUAGUGGAAGAGUCCCCUACUUCACCAUUUUUGCCUUCACCAAGCCUGAAGCUCGCCCUUUCAAACAGUGCACACCCUAAUCAGGCCCUUGGUGCCAUUGCCUCGGGGCUGGGCAUGCAAAACUUGAAUUCUUCUAGACAGAGUGGCAAUCUAGGUAUGUUUGGCAAUAGCGGAGCAGCACAAGCCAGGACCAUGCAGCAGCAACAGCAGCCGCCAGUGCAACCUCUUAACUCAUCCCAGCCUAGUCUUCGUGCUCAAGUGCCUCAGUUUCUAUCCCCUCAGGUUCAAGCACAGCUCUUGCAAUUUGCAGCAAAAAACAUGGGUCUCAACCCUGCACUAUUAGCCUCGCCAAUUAAUCCUCAGCAUAUGACUAUGUUAAACCAACUUUAUCAGCUGCAGCUGGCCUACCAGCGUUUACUCUUCCAGCAGCAGAUGUUACAGGCCCAGCGUAAUGUUUCUGGAACCAUUAGACAACAAGAGCAGCAAGUUGCACGUACAAUCAACAACAUGCAGCAGCAGAUCCAACAACACCAGCGGCAGCUGACCCAGGCCUUGCUUAUGAAACAGCAACAACCGCAUCCACCAUUGCACCCAUCUGCAGGCAAAGUAACCAUUGAUAAUCUGAGUCAUCAUCCACCUCCCAGCCUUUCUGACCUGCAGACCAAAGAGCAACAAACGUCACCCAAUUCUUUCCCUGCAUAUUCCUUGGCUGGAUUGAUCCCAAAUAUGAAUGUAAACAACAUGGAACUAAAUGCUGGUAUAUCCAUGAAGGAUCCGGCUCAAGCCCAGUCUCGAUUGAGGCAGUGGACCCACCCCAACUCUAUUGAAAAUUUAAGCAGCAAUUCUUUAUCGUUGGAGCAGAACCAGACCAAGCAUGGUGCUAUCCCUGGAGGUCUCAAUAUUGGUCCAACAAGCAAGCCCUCCCUUGAGGACUCCUACAGUCCAUAUGAUCUGAUAACCAGCAGUGAGUCACCAGCCAGUCCACCGGUACCAGUCAGUGAUAGCUGGACACGUGCCAAAUCCCCUGCCGAUAAGAUCUCAAAUGGCUCCAACAUUAACUGGCCACCAGAAUUUCGGCCUGGGGAGCCAUGGAAAGGACUUCAGAAUAUUGACCCUGAGACUGACCCCAAUGUUACACCUGGGAGUGUCCCAAGUGGACCUUCCAUCAAUACUACUAUCCGGGAUGUGGAUCGCUAUCUGCUCAGGGACAGGAGUGGAGGGUCAUCCCCAACAUCUCAGAACGCCACGCUGCCUUCAUCUAGUGCCUGGUCCUUCAGUGCCUCUGGCUACACUAGCUCUUUCAGCAGCUCUACAUCUGCACCUAAUCCUGCAGAUUUAUUUUGUGGUGGUCGAUUGAUGACUUUUGAAGAGUUAAUUAGCAAAUAUUCUCUCUCAGACACAUUUCCUACAAUAUUUUCAGCUAAACUGACAGAUAAAUCUACUUGGUCACCUGGACCCAUUGCUCAAACUCAAGCACCACUGUCACACGAAUUGUGGAAAGUGCCGCUAGGAUCCAAAAACACUAGGCCUCCACCAGGCCUGACAAAUACCAAGCCAUCACCAUCAUGGGGUGUCAGUUCACUAGGACUUGUCUCAAGUUGGCCAAGCUCUUAUUCCUCCAGUUCUGCUUGGAGCACAGAUAGCUCUGGGAGAAACAAUAGCUGGUUGGUUCUGCGAAACUUAACACCACAGAUUGAUGGCUCGACUUUGCGGACUUUAUGUAUGCAGCAUGGUCCAUUGAUAACAUUCCAUCUGAACUUGACCCAAGGAAAUGCUGUGGUUCGCUACAGUUCAAAGGAAGAAGCAGCUAAGGCCCAGAAAUCUCUCCACAUGUGCGUUCUGGGAAACACUACUAUCCUCGCUGAAUUUGCCAGUGAUGAAGAAGUCAACCGUUUCUUUGCACAAGGUCAAUCACUCUCUCAGACCUCCAGCUGGCAGUCAAACGCCGGAACAAAUCAGAGCCGACUUGGGUCAAGCACCAACACUCAUGGAUUGGUUCGCAAUGAUCUAGGUCACUGGAAUACUACAAGCUUGAGUGGAAAAGGAACCAAUGACCUCCUGUGGAGUAGUGUCCCUCAGUACUCCAGCAGUCUAUGGGGUCCUCCUAACAAUGAUGACACCAGAGUUAUUGGCAGCCCUACACCUAUAAACACCUUACUCCCUGGUGACCUUCUGAGUGGAGAAUCAAUGUAGGGAAAACUGAUCUUGUGAAGCUAACAAUCAGCACUAAACAACCCAGUUCCGGACAUUGUUUUGGCCCUGGAUCCACAACCUGUGGUUGGAUGAGGGAGUGUGGGCAGGGAAGUAAGU